UAGAUGAUUCCAUGACAGUUAGCAGCUCUGACAGCAGGCUGACCCAGACAUAGGAGUGGUGAAGAGUGGGAGCUAUCUUCUCUGUUCCAUAGGAUACUUCAGCUUCUGCCAAUGCCAAUGCCUCAGCAAUCACUCAAAGUCCAGAUUUUGCCCUGUGACUGAUCAAAUCAGAGGAGAGAAGAGAAAUCUACACAUGAGAGAUCUGUGGUAGUCUCAACUAGAAAACUCCACUGACAAUGGUGGAAAUAUCAGUCAGAAGUAUCCAGACCACCAACAUGAUCCUCUCCUCCUUGGCUUUAAUCAUCUUGGUGAUAGGAACCAUCGCAGAAAAAUGGAUUGAACUGAAGUUGGAAGCAAAAAAAAUCACAAUAAACCACAGUCCCUGGAUGCUGUGUUGCAUUACGACUUGGCCAGAAGAUGACCUGGAAGUGGUCAGGAUCAUGAUGAUUUUGACCCUCAGUCUUUCCUUCCUCCUUAACUUGGUCCUGGGUAUGGAAUUCACCUAUCUGAUUCCUCAAACCAUAUAUAUCCACUUCAUCAGUGCCUUCCUCAGUUUCCUCACAGGCAUCAUUCUGCUGUCUGCACUCCUACUGUAUCACCAUAAGCUAAGGCAAGGUCAGUCCGUGUACUACACUAGUUACAAGAUCACCUGGAUCCCUUACACUGCCUAUGUAAUCGUCACCUUCUUUGUUACCUGUGGAAUCCUUUCUAUCCUAAACAGUUUGCAGUUUGUGAAUCGCUUUACCUGCCUGAACAUCAUCAACAAAUCCGAUAGGGAAUGUAAGGAAAUACCACAAUCUGGGAGUUCUAUCAAAGUUAUUUCAUCAACAGACGCUAGUAUAAAACCUCGUAGCAUUGUCCGUCUGCACUCCGUGAGUGUAAAGGGUGAUGUUCUGGACAAAUCACCACCAGUUCAAGUACGUCGUGUCACCUGGGCUCUAUGA